GACAGGGCAGGGGCAGGGCAGGGCAGGAGCACCACCACUGGGCAGGGUUCCACGGUUGAGCACGGCAGCAUGGGCAGCCCGCCGGUAUCAAAUGAGGUGGACGUCCACGCAAUUCCCUCCCACCACCCCGGUCCACUCUCGGCUCUUACCCAGAGACCUCCCCACUGCCGCACCGUACAGUGUACGCAAGCGUCCCACGUAUCCAUCCGCCGUCCCCAUCUCCCUGUCUCCUCCCUCCUCAGGCCUCAGGCUCAAGGGUCUGGUUGUUUGGCCUUGCUGCUCCCGACCGCGACUAUCUCUGCUUGUCUCUCUCAACCGCUCGUGUCUUGUCAUCCUGCACCAUACCUCCCCUUUUCUCUCUCCUCAUACCCACUCCGCUCUCCCGCCCUAUUAACACUCGACCUCGUCUUUAUUAUUGCCCUUCCGCCCUCCGCCCUCCGCCUUGCAACCCUGCCGCCGCCUGCUUGUCUUCUUCCUCCCUCUCGGCGGCGCUCCAUUCAACCUAUACACUCUUUUGUCCAGGCAGCGCCGAUGUGGUUGGUGUUCACCAUCACGAGUUCGAGGAACGUGGAAUAGACCGAGCCGACGUCACCCCAUCAUCACGUCACGCCCACGACUGCAACUGCGACUGCGACUGCGACUGCGAUAUAGGUUGCAACUGCUGCAACUGCACUUCCGCAAGCGCUUACGACGACGACUCGCCCCCCACAUAUAUCUUCGCCCGUUCAACCCCCAAAGGCAUUCUGGAUUGAGAGACACACCUACUCCAGAACUGACCAGACCAUGGACCCGAACCGAGGCAACGUGCCUGAGAAUGGCCAAUACGACGAGGCCUGGGCACACGAUCUCCGCAUCCAAUUCGAGCAACUGCUGAGGGAUAGGCGAUUAAACGAGCUCAGCAACCGUUCUCGUCAAGGCACCCCUCAGCCCCGAGAGUCGGCCUCCUCUGCUAACCUGCGAUCCGCUGCCGCCGCACCAUCACCCGGACGCCCAUCCUCGUCACACACUGCUACUCCACCAGCCUAUGCCUCGCUGCGUAACAUGCCAAAGGUGCCCACAGCGCCGGCUGCGAACGACAGGGAGUCACAGAAGUUUAGGAAUCUUCUGGUCACCCUCUCACAAACACCAACGAAAUAUGAGAACCCGGGACUACUCGACGAGGCACUCCAGGUCAUCCCCUUGGAUCGGAUCUACGGCGAGGCCGAGGAGGAGGCACAGGUCUUGCAGGCACAGGCCGAGAGCAUGGGUGAUGGCAGGAAACCAGAAUGGGGCUACCAAGAUUGUGUAGUCCGAGCAUUGCUCAGAUGGUUCAAACGAGCUUUCUUCACCUGGGUCAACAACCCGGCUUGCCCAGCGUGUCUGUCGCCGACAGUGGCCCAAGGAAAGACAGCGCCGACACCCGAAGAGAACGCUUGCGGUGCCCUCAUUGUCGAGUUGUAUCGAUGCUCAAACAGUGCCUGCGGGGCUUACGAACGCUUUCCCCGGUACAGCGACGUCUGGCGGUUACUGCAGACACGGAGAGGCCGGUGCGGUGAGUGGGCAAACUGCUUUAGCAUGCUCUGCCGGGCCGUCGGCAGCCGUGUCCGCUGGGUGUGGAACGCCGAAGACCACGUUUGGACAGAGGUCUUCUCGGAGCACCAGAAGAGAUGGGUUCACGUCGAUGCCUGUGAGGAGGCGUGGGAUAACCCGCGGCUCUACUCCGAGGGCUGGGGCAAGAAGAUGUCGUACUGCAUUGCCUUCUCCAUCGACGGCGCGACGGAUGUGACCCGGCGAUAUGUACGAAAGAGCGAAUAUUCCCUUGAGCGGACCCGAUGCCCGGAGGACGUCCUGUUGUACAUCCUGCAGGAGAUCAAGAACAUCCGGAGAUCCAACAUGAACAAGGACGAGCGAUUCCGACUCGAGAAGGAGGACGCACGGGAGGACCGCGAGCUGCGCACCUAUGUCAUUUCUUCCAUCACGCAGGCCGUCACCCAGCUCGUGCCCGGCGCCGUGCCCGUUGCACCCAGCGCUCCACCGCAGCCCGCCCGGCGAACACCUUCAUCCUCCGACGACACCAAGACCCCUGCCGAGCUACCUGGCCGACAAAGUGGGAAUGCCGAGUGGGUUGCUGCACGAGGCGAAAAUGGAAGAAGACAGCAGUUCCAGCCUCCGCAAGACCCCUCGCGCCGUCCGCCUUUCCCCUAAGUGGUUUCAGGCUCGGGUCCCUCUCACUCAACGGCCACGCCCACCGACAGACCAUAAUUCCCUAUAUCUCUAAUAUCUACUCUUUUUGUUCCUGCCGGCAAACCGAGUCUGGCCAACUCGAACACACUUGGCAACAAAGCCUCCAAAUCUCUUCGACUCUCAUCUGUACUUACUUUCAUUCCGACGAUUUUUUUCUGCAUUUUCAUUUGUAACAAUUCAUCUGCGUUGGCACAGUCUGUCAGCGCCGGCGCAACGGGGCUCAUUUAUAAAGCCAUGCUUUUGGUGUUACGUGGGUUUGUGGCGCUCGAAGCAACCGACUUCGCGUCAAGGCGUUCUGGUCAGGCACGAAUCCAUUGCGGUUGCAUACAAAUCAAACAAACACUGCGGGGUUUGAUUUCUUUUGGUAUAUCAGGGGUGGCAACUCCGGGGGGUGGGUGGGCACUUCAUGUACAAGGUACAAUCCAUGAGGGAUAUGACGGUUUCUGUUGUCUCUGAAGACGGCGCGGGACUGGCCUCGUUGGAAUCGGGCAUGAUUAGGAGUUCCUCUGGCUGGGCAUGCAAGGGCCCUCGGGCGUUGGAGAGGAAGCCGGGUCGAAAAAGUCGAUACCAAAUAUCCACAUUUGUUCAGCCAUCCUCAUUCGAGGGGCUCAAGACCCACA